UUGGUAAGGUUUGUGACUGAAUGUGUCCAGCAGAGAUUAUCCUGAACCCUUCUGCUCUUAACUCAUUAAGUCUGAUCCUAUUAACCAGAAAAGACUUCCACUGACCGCUCACGGUCACGAUCAGAGCUUCAACAUCAUAUCUGCUGAAGUUUAUAGCUGCCUGUUUAUUAUCACUUCUGAUCACUGCACAUUAAACACACCAUACAAAAGAGAUACAAAUAUUUAUGAAAUUAACAAAGUAAAUUUGCAAAAAUGCAUUCAUGUUGUUACCCGAUCACCACUGAGCCUUGACCUCCGGUUCAGCACCCUGGACAGCAGCUCAAUUAAACUCAAUAGCACUGAAUAUUAAACUAAAUUCAACUUCUGUCACACCUAAACCGGUUUGAUUUACACUCUUUCAGUGAAACACACGAGGAGAUUUUCAAUAUGAUGACUUCUGUCUGUCUGUCUGUCUGUCUGUCUGUCUUACGUCCAGCUUUCUUUAGUUGAUAUAAAAUCAUUAUUAUGAUAUUUUAUUUUUUGUUCUUUAUUUGUGUUGAAGUUGAUUUAACGACACGUUUGUCUCGUGUGUGGCAGGAUUAUCAGAUGAUUAUCAGAUUGGAUAUUUUUAACGGGGAUUUACGCGCAGGGGGAGACGCGAGGCGUCGCUUUUAUCGAAGCUGCACGCGGGGUUUGACUCAUUGUGCGCGUGUAAGCGGAGACGCGCGCAGUAUGUCUGUGAGGAGCGCGCUUCAGGUACAGGUGAAUAUUCCCUGGAGGAAUAAUAACUUGAGUCUGAUGAACAACGAUCAGCCUCUGUCCGACCAGGGAGAGACCAUCAUCGGGGUUUAUCUGCUGAUUCUGGGUUGGUUGUCGUGGUUUGGAAACAGUAUUGUGAUCUUCGUCCUCUUCAAACAGAGAUUAUCUCUACAACCCACAGACUAUCUGACUCUUAAUCUCGCCAUAUCUGAUGCCAGCAUCUCUAUCUUUGGAUAUUCCAGAGGAAUCCUGGAAAUCUUCAACAUUUUCAGGGAUAAUGGAUAUCUCAUCACAUCGGUGUGGACGUGUCAGGUGGAUGGAUUCUUUACUCUUGUUUUCGGUCUAGGCAGCAUCAACACGCUCACUGUUAUCAGCAUCACCAGAUACAUCAAGGGCUGCCACCCAAAUAAAGCUCACUGUAUAACCAACACUGUAGUGAUCAUGUCUGUUAUUUUCAUCUGGAUUGGAGCGUUGUUCUGGUCCGGUGCACCCAUCCUCGGCUGGGGAAGCUACACAGAUCGAGGUUAUGGCACGUGUGAGAUCGACUGGGUUAAAGCUAACUACUCCACCAUACACAAGUCCUACAUCAUCUCCAUUCUCAUCUUCUGUUUCUUCAUGCCUGUCCUCAUCAUGCUCUUCUCCUACAUCUCCAUUAUUAACACUGUCAAACGGGGAAACGCCAUGUCUGCAGAGGGCGACCUGACCGACCGACAGCGAAAAAUCGAGAGAGACGUCACAGUUGUUUCUAUUGUGAUCUGCACCGCGUUUAUUCUUGCCUGGUCUCCAUACGCCGUGGUGUCCAUGUGGUCCGCGUGGGGUUUUCACGUGCCGAAUCUCACGAGCAUCUUCACGCGACUCUUCGCUAAGUCCGCGAGCUUCUAUAACCCGCUCAUUUAUUUCGGCCUGAGCUCGAAGUUUCGCAGGGAUGUGCGUGUGCUGUUACCCUGCAGGGGUGACGGUAAAGAUAACGUCAAACUCAAACGCGUCAAAAAGAUCAAAGGGAGGGCGGACGCGUCACCUGUGGACCUGCACGAGGAGAACCAGCAGAAGCACGAGAUGAAGUACCGACCGGAGCGAGAGCCGCUGAACCCCGCGCCCAGCCCGGACUCCGGUGUGGGGAGUCACCCUGAAAGUCCUCCUAACAACCAACACGAGCUCUGUACAGACGAACACGAACCCGAGUCUGAAUGCGUCAGACUGUAGAUCAGAAGGAAAUUAUUCUUUUUUUAACAUUUGAAUCUACAAAUUAACAUAUUAGGAUUUUUAAAUGUUUUGUAAAUGAUGAAUGUGAAUAUUGUUCUCAACUGUCCAUGUCAAUAUUAUUAGUGUUUUGUUUCAAUCACAAUACUUUUUCAUCGCAUCAUAAACAAACAUGAAGUGUCCAAACACAAUCUACAACAUAUUCAACAAAUAUGACUGUGUGUUUAAAAAAACAAUAAAUGUUAUACAUUCUGCUCAAUGUUUAAUGUUAAUGUUGUAACUAUUGAGUUUAAUAAAAUAUCAAUGUGUAAAUCUUUGUCGUUAUUGUGUUAAAAUGAUGUUAUAGCAGAUUGAUGUCUGAACCUUAAACAAUAACCCUUAAGAAACAGCAAGAGAAAAUGUUGAUUC